CAUGGGGAAUUUAAAAUAUGAGGAUAAUUUUGGAAGACCAGUGAUCAUGAGAUAUUAUUUAAUCAUUUUGUUCUUCUCAGUAAUAGUCUGCUCCUCUGAUGAGUCCUCUAAUGUGGAUCUUGUUCAGGAAGAUGUAAAAGUAGUUCGAGCUGGAGAAUCUGUGAAUCUUACUUGCAGCUUUUCAACGCUUCUGCAAUCAACAAGAGCAUGGUUUAAACGGGCAUCCAAUGGAAAAUCCAUACAAAUUGUGUCUUUAUAUUUAAAUCAACAACCCAGCUGGAAUAAGGACUUUGAGAAAAUGAAUCGUUUUUAUAUUACCAAAGGAGAUGAUCAUUUUAAUCUGACCAUUUUACAGACAAAGCCUUCAGACUCUGCAACAUAUUACUGUGUCGUCUCAUCAUAUUACACUAUUGGAAUGGGUGCAGGCACUAGAUUAUUUUUUAAAGGUGGACACACAACUGUUCAGCAGUCUUUGAUAGACACGCUUCAUCCAGGGGAUUCAGUGAAUUUGCAGUGCAGCGUCUUCAGUGAGAGUUGUGCUGGAGAACACAGCGUCUACUGGUUCAGACAAAGCUUGGGAGACUCUCAAGGAGUCCUUUACACCAAAGGAGAGAGAAAUGGUCAGUGUCAGAACAGCAGUGAGUCUCAAACACAGAGCUGCGUCUACAAUCUCCUCAAGAGCAACAUCAGUGACUCUGAUUCUGGGAUUUACUACUGCGCUGUGGCCGCAUGUGGAGAGAUACUGUUCGGAGAAGGAACUCAACUCAAUUUAGAGGUAAGGUUUUGGGAGAAAUAUUUAAUUUUGCCUCUAAGGACGAGCAUUUAA